CUCCUCCCUGCCUCCUCCACCCACACACCCUAAGCUCCUCCCUGCCUCCUCCACCCCCACACACCCUAAGCUCCUUCCUGCCUCCUCCACCCCCACACACCCUAAGCUCCUCCCUGCCUCCUCCACCCCCACACACCCUAAGCUCCUCCCUGCCUCCUCCACCCCCCCACACCCUAAGCUCCUCCCUGCCUCCUCCACCCCCACACACCCUAAGCUCCUCCCUGCCUCCUCCACCCCUACACACCCUAAGCUCCUCCCUGCCUCCUCCACCCCCACACACCCUAAGCUCCUCCCUGCCUCCUCCACCCCCACACACCCUAAGCUCCUCCCUGCCUCCUCCACCCCUACACACCCUAAGCUCCUCCCCGCCUCCUCCACCCCCACACACCCUAAGCUCCUCCCUGCCUCCUCCACCCCCACACACCCUAAGCUCUUCCCCGCCUCCUCCACCCCCACACACCCUAAGCUCCUCCCUGCCUCCUCCACCCCCACACACCCUAAGCUCCUCCCUGCCUCCUCCACCCCCACACACCCUAAGCUCCUCCCUGCCUCCACCCCCACACACCCUAAAAAUAUGA